GAAGCGAUCAGAUCGUUCACUCACAUUCAGUCAAUGCAGAAGGAGUCACACAAUGGAUUUCAUAAAGUGUGUUGUUAUUGGCGAUGGUGCUGUGGGAAAAACAUGUCUUCUCAUAUCGUAUACGACAAAUGUUUUUCAUGCGGAAUAUGAGCCGACAAUAUUUGAUAAUUAUGCUGUUACUAUUGUUAUUGACGGCAAAUCAUACACACUGGGAGUAUUCGAUACAGCUGGCCAAGAAGAUUAUGAAUGUUUACGACCCUUGUCCUACAAGGAUACCGAUGUAUUUCUGGUGUGUUUUUCGGUCGUUAAUCGUACGUCAUAUGCAAAUGUCAAAGAAAAGUGGGUACCAGAAUUAAAGCAACUUUCUCCAAACACACCAUUUUUGCUGGUCGGAACCAAAAUAGAUUUGCGUGAUGAGCAGCCCAACAGCUCGUCCAAAGUAUUCAGUAGAUAUAAUGAAACCCCAAUUGACUUUGCUAUGGGUAAUAAAUUGGCAAAAAAGAUAAAAGCUGUGAAAUAUGUGGAGUGUUCGGCCUUAACAAAGAAAAAUAUCAAAGCUGUAUUUGAUGAAGCUCUUUUAGCUGUCAUCGGACCCGAAAAGCAUCAUAAGAAAUGUUUUUGUCGCAUACUUUAAUGGAGAGAAUUUAAAAAAGCGUUGUAUUCAAAAAUAAAUAGCCAUGUAACUGUAAAUCCAUGGUACAAUGAAAUUAACGUAACCUCAUUUCAAAUACUACCAUGUGAUUUUAAUUUUUUUAUUUUUCUGGCUUAAUAUGUCAACUUCAUUUGUUUAUGUA